AUGAGUCGGACGGAGGCAGAUUUGGCGAUUAACAUUCGCAAAGCUACCAGCAUCGAAUCUAUCCCAGAGGAAACUGCUCCGAAACGGAAACAUGUCCGGAGCUGCAUCGUGUAUACAUGGGACCACAAGUCGUCUGCUGCCUUCUGGGCUGGCAUGAAAGUUCAACCUGUUCUCGCCGACGAGGUCCAGACGUACAAAGCUCUGAUCACGAUACAUAAGGUUCUCCAGGAAGGACACCCGGUGGUAAUUCGGGAGGCACAGCAGCAUGUCAAUUGGGUAGACAGCUUGAUGCGAGGUGUUGGAGGAGAUGGUAUUCGAGGAUAUGGCCCUUUGAUUCGCGAAUACGUAUUUUUCCUCGAGUCUAAAUUGGCAUUUCACCGAAACCACCCUGAAUUCAACGGACUGUUUGAAUACGAGGAAUACAUUAGCUUGAAAACAAUCAAUGAUCCAAAUGAGGGCUACGAGACUAUCACCGACCUUAUGACUCUACAAGAUCAGAUCGAUGCAUUCCAGAAGUUGAUAUUCUCGCACUUCCAGUCUGGGACGAACAACGAGUGUCGGAUAUCCUCGCUCGUUCCCCUUGUGCAAGAAAGCUAUGGCAUCUACAAAUUUAUUACUAGCAUGCUGAGGGCUAUGCAUACAACUACGGGUGAUGCCGAGGCAUUGGAGCCACUUCGCGGCCGCUACGAUGCCCAACACUAUCGACUUGUGCGGUUCUACUACGAGUGCUCGAACCUGCGCUAUUUGACCAGCCUGAUCACCAUUCCCAAGUUGCCCCAAGACCCGCCCAACUUGUUGGCUGAAGAUGAAGAGCGCCCGGCGUUGCCCAAGCGGCCCGUCAAAGAAGUCGAGGCUGAACCAUCUCCACCACCCAAAGUAACAACUGCGGAGCCGGAACCAAUCAAUGACUUCUGGACCACAGAGGCCAAACGGCAACAGGAGGAGUUCGAAGCCGAACAGCGACGUCUGCAACAGCAGUGGGAGGAACAACAACGACAGCAGAUCCUUGCGCAGCAGCAAGCCCAGCACGACUUUGAAGAACAACAACGUCUCCAGGCAGAGCAGCAGCGACUGGCACAGGAACAGCUGUUGCGUGACCAGUACAAUACGCAGACCCAGGGCCGGCUAGCAGAACUUGAGCGGGAGAAUCUAAACGCUCGGGCACAAUACGAACGGGAUCAACUGAUGCUGCAGCAAUAUGAUCGCCGUGUGAAGGACCUAGAGGAGCAGAUGAACCAGUUAACAUCGAACUUGAACAUGCAGAAUGCAUCACGGGAUGACCAGAUCCGGUCUCUGCAGGAGCAGGUUAAUACCUGGCGGUCUAAGUACGAGGCGCUGGCCAAGCUUUACUCGCAGCUCCGCCAGGAACACCUGGAUCUCCUGCAGACAACCAAGAGCCUGAAGAUCAAGGCGGCAUCGGCGCAAGAGGCGAUUGAUCGACGCGAGAAACUGGAGCGUGAACUCAAGACUAAGAACCUCGAGCUUGCGGAUAUGAUCCGGGAGCGAGACCGCGCCCUGCACGAUCGAGAUCGUCUAACCGGGAAUAACAAGGAGGAGGUGGAGAAGGUCAAACGGGAGCUUCGGCUUGCUAUUGAGCGGGCGGAAAAUGCCGAACGCUCCAAGGGCACUGAAAUCUCGACCUUGUUGUCGAAGUACAACCGGGAGAUGGCAGACUUGGAAGAAGCGUUGAGAAAAAAGAACCGCGCCCUGGAGGAGUACACCACUCAGAAUACAGAGCGCCAGGGAGACCAGGACCUGGUACUGCGCGAAAAGGAUGAAGAAAUCGAAGUUUAUAAGUCGGGAAUGGAACAGGCUCUUAUGGAGCUGGAGGAACUAAAAUUGAACCAAGGUGAUGUGGACCAUGCGCUAGAUGCGCAGAUUGACACGGUGCUGCACAGCACUGUGGCGAAGAUCAACGACAUCAUCGACUCUGUGCUCCAGUCUGGUGUCCAACGCGUGGACGACGCUCUGUAUGAGCUGGACUCUUCAAACCAGGCGGGUAACCAGAAUGCCACGCCACCCUACGUACUCUCGCAGAUCGAAAAGGCGUCCGCAUCCGCGACUGAAUUCUCUACGGCCUUUAAUAACUUUAUCGCCGAUGGCCCCAACAGCACUCAUGCGGAGAUUAUCCGCACUGUUUCUAUCUUCUCGGGCUCCGUGGCCGAUGUCCUUAGCAACACAAAGGGACUGACUCGGUUUGCCAACGAUGACAAGAGUGCGGACCAGCUAACCAACACAGCACGCAAGUCCGCGCAGGCUACAGUGCGGUUCUUCCGAGGGCUUCAGUCGUUCCGUCUCGAGGGCCUCGAGGCGCUGCAGAAGACCGACGUGGUCAUCAACAAUAACCUGGAGGUGCAGCGGGAUCUGCAGAGCUUGUCGAAACUGGUGGAAGCGUUCGCCCCCAAGAGCAGCAAGCUCACCACGAAUGGCGAUCUGGGUGACUUAGUGGACCAGGAGCUGACCAAGGCGGCCGACGCCAUCGAUGCUGCUGCCCAACGGCUCGCCAAACUGAAGAAGAAACCGCGCGACGGCUUCUCCACCUACGAGCUGCGUAUCAACGACGCGAUCCUGGAGGCGGCGAUUGCGGUGACCCACGCGAUUGCGGAGCUAAUCAAGGCCGCCACCGAGUCGCAGCAGGAGAUUGUCCGGGAGGGACGGGGUAGCUCGUCGCGAACAGCGUUUUACAAGAAAAACAACAGAUGGACCGAGGGGCUGAUCUCGGCUGCAAAGGCAGUAGCGACCUCCACCAACACACUGAUCGAGACCGCGGACGGUGUGAUCUCUGGGCGCAACUCGCCGGAGCAGCUGAUUGUGGCAAGUAAUGAUGUGGCAGCCAGUACCGCGCAGCUUGUGGCGGCCAGUCGCGUCAAGGCGACAUUCAUGAGCAAGACACAGGACCGACUGGAGACAGCGAGCAAAGCUGUGGGUGCUGCAUGCCGAGCUCUUGUGCGACAGGUGCAGGACAUCAUUCGGGAAAAGAACCAGGAUGAGACAGAGAAGGUUGACUACUCUAAACUUAGUUCGCAUGAAUUCAAAGUGCAGGAAAUGGAGCAACAGGUUGAAAUCCUUCAGCUCGAGAACAGUCUCGCACGGGCCCGACAGCGUCUAGGCGAGAUGCGCAAGAUCUCGUACCAGGAAGAGUAA